AUUCCUCCUCACUGGCUGCUUCCUACUGUACCUCACCGCGAACUAUUUUUUUUUUUUUUUUUUUUUUAACAAUCUCUGGAUAAAUGAUCUACAAACGCAAUGAUAAGAUAUUGCAGCCGAUAAAGGGUUGAUGUUUUCUUACCGAGCGCCCGCAGGGUCGCUUUCAAGCCUGACCGCCAACAGCUCACCACCGCAGCCCGCCUCUUGAACGGGCCGAUCGAUCGCCUCGGAGACUAACGAGACGAGCGCGCCGGAUUCCACCGGGGCUGCCAGCGGUCGAGCGGAGCUGCCUCUCUGUUGCCUGGAGCCUGCAUUGCCAUGGAUACGGAGUCCACCUAUUCUGGCUAUUCCCAUCACUCUGGGCGCUCCCGGGGAUCGCAUAGGCAUGGAGAGCGAAGCCGAGACCGACACAAGUCACGCAGCAAAGACAGCCGCUCUGAAAAGUCGGUCACAAUCAACUCGCCGCCCGCCGAGCCGCUGCUGGGCGACUCCUCCGUGCGGGGCGAGCAGGUUCAGGAUGACAACUGGGGAGAGACGACCACCGCCGUCACAGGCACCUCAGAGCACAGCCUCUCCCAGGAGGACAUCGUCCGCAUCACCAAAGACCUCGAGGACAGCGUCGGUCUCGACUGCCGCCGCUACGUCACCCGGACCAUCGCUGUGAUCCUGGGCCUGUUGGUGUUCUUCACGCCGCUGGCCUUCCUUGUGUUGCCUCACAUCCUUUGGCCAGAGAAGCUGAAGAGCUGCGGGACGGCCUGCGAGGGCCUCUUCAUCUCCGUGGCCUUCAAGCUGCUCAUCCUGCUGCUCGCCGUUUGGGCGCUCUUCUUCAGACCGGCGCGGGCGGGCCUCCCGCGCGUCUUUGUUUUCCGGAUCCUACUUGCUGUGCUGGUAUUCCUCUUCGUCGUCUCCUACUGGCUCUUUUACAGUGUCCGGAUACUCGACUCACAAGACGAUAACUACCAGGGCAUUGUACAAUACGCGGUGUCCCUGGUGGACGCGCUGCUCUUCAUCCACUAUCUGGCGGUCGUCCUCCUGGAGCUCCGGCAGCUCCAGCCAUGCUUCUCCGUGUGCGUCACGCGCUCCACGGAUGGAGAGACGAGGCACUACAACCUCGGACAGCUCAGUAUUCAGCGGGCCGCCCUGGCCAUCAUAGAGCACUACUACUGUGACUUCCCUAUCCAUAACCCAGCUCUGCUUUCUGCAUCCAAGUCCAGAGCUGCCAAGCACCUGGCGGGCCUCAAGGUCUACAACGUGGAUGGUGAGUUCCCAGCAGGCCCCGCUGAGGGUCCAGGGAACCCCGCUGCUGCGGGAAUUGCCCAGUCCCAGUCCAGAGCCAUGAUCGCUGCCGCAGCGAGGCGACGCGACACCAGCCACAACGAGCUCUACUAUGAGGAGGCGGAGCAUGAGAGGCGUGUCCGCAAACGCAGGGCACGACUGGUAGUAGCAGUAGAGGAAGCUUUCACCCACAUUAAGCGUAUGCAGGAGGAGGAGCCCAAGAAGGCUCCAGGGGACGUCAUGGACCCCAGAGAGGCAGCUCAAGCAAUCUUCCCCUCCAUGGCGCGUGCCCUGCAGAAGUACCUGAGGACCACCAAGCAGCAGCACUGCCACAGCAUGGAGAGCAUCCAGCAGCACCUGGCCUUCUGCAUCACCAACAACAUGACGCCCAAGGCGUUCCUGGAGAGCUACCUGACGCCAGGACCCACCCUGCAGUACGGGAAGGACCACUGGCUGGGCCGCCGGUGGACGCUGAUCAGCGAGGCGUCGGUCACCAGCGGCCUGAAGGACGGGAGCGUCUUCGUGCUCAAGUGUGUGGACUUCAGCCUGGUGGUGACGACCAAAAAGAUCCCCUACAUCCAGAUGUCAGAGGAAUACAUCGACCCCAAAUCUCACAAGUUUGUCCUGCGACUACAGUCUGAAACCUCAGUGUAGGACGGCAACAGUUGUUUGUUUUUUUUAUUCCUCAUCAUGUCACAUUGCUUUCAAAUGUUGCUAUUUAGGGUUUGAAGUUUUUAUAUGUACUUUUCAUUUUUUAAUAUAUAUAUAUAAAUGAAUUUAUAUAUCACACAUUUGAAAUUAUAGAUAUUUUAAUGUUCAACUUGGUGAAAAGAAGAAAUGUUGCAGGAUUUUGCUCACGGGUUUGAUCGACCAAUUAGGUUGUGCACAAUACUGUAUGCAUGAGUGUACCUUUCCUUCAAAAGUUAACUUUUUCACAUUUUUACACUAAAUAGUUGCAAUAUCGACACCUUUACUGGGAUUUUAUGUGAUCUAUAGAGUCAUAUGAUAGAAGGAAAAUCAUGCAAGAUGUAUAAAGUAACAAAGGGGAGCUGAAUAAAAAGGCUCUCCACAUUUUAAAGAUUUGUAUUAAUCUUUUUGAUUUUCCACCUCUGUAGGUUUAUUACAUAAAAUCCCAUCUAAUAUAAGAGUUUGUGAUAAAAUGUGAAAAAGUUUUUAACACUUUUGCAAGGUUCUGUAGGCAUGCGUGUCGGCUGGUUGAGAAGCUUAAGCCAAACAAGACUGGAAUAAAGGCCGACUUCACCUCAAAGUUUCAGAAAGCUCCCCAGCCGCUGCACAGAGGAGUAUGUGGAAUAUUUUCAUUGGUUUUUUCUAAACGGAUUUUAAAAAGAUCUUUUUCGCUCAUCCACAAAACAUGCUGCGAGAUUUGCUCUCCAGGUGCGUUGGAGAGGGGACGACCUUUAGCAGCAGCAGGCCGUGUAAACGGGCUGGACGGUGAGAGACUCACGGAUACGGACACGUGCUCAAAGACAUUGACUCCUCCACAAAGGUUCGGUGAUCCUCUCAGGGCUUUUGUGUCUGCCUCAUCUGCCUGACAUGACGAGACAGAGCUGCAAGUUCUGAAAUAAAAACUACUGAUUGCUCCAGACUUCAUCUGCUUUUCCCUUCCAAGCAACAGGUUUCUGAUUCUAUCCUCCAUAGAUCCUGAUGCUUUUCACACAUUUUAUCAUCAAGGAGAAAUGGAAAAAUGUUCACUGCCCGUUUCUCAGUGUUUUGUAUAAUAGACCGACAAACAGGAAUCUGAAAAGUGUGGCAUGUUUUUAUAUUAGGUCCUGGAGUUUUAGAUUGUCUUACUGCCUCUAGAGAUUGAUAUUUUUUCCAAAUUUUUGGCCAGUCUAGCGCACACGUAUGGUUUUAUGUGCAGGGGGUUGUUUUUUUGUUUUUUUUUUUGCACUAGAUGUCACAGAUGCAUGCCACACUUUUCAGAUUUUUAAUUGCAAAAACACAAAAAAUUUAUUUUGACAACCAUGAGGAGUUUGGAAAGUGUUCACUCAGCAAAUAUUGAAUCCUUUUGAGUUUAAAGUGUGAUGUCAUCUCUCAGGGCUCCUUAUCACUUCUUUAUAUUGGAGCAGCAGAGGUGGAUCAGCAGUCUGAGCUGUUGGGUGGAACCUCCUAACUGGACGGACUGGUUUUUGCUUUUAUUGCCUCGUCUCACGGCUGGCGUCUGGUAAACAUCCAAUCCCUCGAGGUCGGCGCCUUCAUGGAGGACUUGGAUGGAUUCAUUUUCUCGUAAUCAUCCACACACUAACUAGGUUUGCAUGUUAAACCCCAAAAUAUUCCUAAAUAAGCUAAAAUCUCACCUGUUUGUCUCUCUGUGCCUGUUGCACUCCACAAAAGUGAGAAAUCUCACUAAAGUCAUGUUUCAUUGUCAUGGCUGGCUGUAUCCUGUACUGCCCCCUGGUGGGUAAACUGUAUAUUGGUGCAGGUGGCUUAUAUAAAAAGCAGUUUAAAUCCCUCCUGUUGAAAACUAAAAGGCCUGCCACAGGUGUUUAGAACCUGAACCAACUUACCCUAUUUUAACUAAUAGUUUAACUUCCUAUGAUCCCAACAUGACAGUGCCUCCUGUUUUUACAAUGUCUGUCUGUGGUGAAACACGUGUUUGUGCCAGUUCAGUUCACACGGCCUGCCUUUUCGCCUCCCGACGUCGUCCUCACCAUCUGUCCCACUGUUGCCUGGUUACAGUCCUCCGUCCACGGUCUGGAUUUUAAUGGACAGCCUCACAAUGACUGUGAAUUUUCACAUCUUUUUUUUUUUUCAGUUGCACAUUAGUAUUUGUAAAAAAAAAAA